AUGCUUUCUCACGUUACCACCACCCUCUGCGUCUUGGUCUCGCUGGCCACGGCGCAUUUCUCCAUCGAAUACCCUGAGAUGCGCGGCGACUCCUUCGCUACUGGUGCUUCUCAAUACAUCUAUCCAUGCGCCAACGUCAACCAGACCGCCAACACAAACCGCACCAUCUGGCCCUUGACCGGCGGCUCCCUGAAUCUGGACCUCCAUCAUCCUUGGACCUACGUCUUCAUCAACCUCGGCCUCGGAACCGACUAUCCCUCCCUCAAUAUCUCUCUCACCCCCGAAUUCCUGAACGCCACCGGCAAUGGAACGUUGUGCUUGCCCGAGGUUAAGAUUCCUGCCAGUGUCAACGUGAAGGAUGGUCAGAAUGCUACUCUGCAGGUGGUUACCCUGGGCGAGACCGGAAGCGCUCUAUACAACUGCGCCGACAUCACCUUCAGCAGCAAGGGCGCCACCCUCGACGGAGACAAGUGCAAGACUAACGGCGUCACCGUCGCUGCCAUUAAGCAGCAAGUCAACGGCUCCAGCACUACAUCCAGCCCUUCCUCGACCGAAUCUGGAGCGAACCCCAGCUCGACCAAGGCUUCUGCUGCCGUUUCGGGAAGAGAAGCUAAUUCGAUGUUGGUCGCGGGAGCUGUUGCCGGUAUGGGGGCCGUGGUUGUGAGCUGGUUGCUUUAG